CGGCUCCGGGCCGGGGGCCGGGCGGGGCCGGCCGGGGCGGGGCGCGGGGCCGCAGCUGGAUGGCCGGGGCCGCCCGGAGCGCCGCCGCCGCCGCCGCUGCAGUUGCACGCACGUGGCAUGCCUGCAUGUCCCGGCCCCGGCUGCGUCAUGGGGGGCCCAAGGCUCCUCUUCCUCGCGGCUCUUACCCUGGAGCUCCUCGGAGGGGCUGGGGCCUCCCAGCCGGGCCCCCGGAGCCGGGGGGCUGCAGCGGCCUGUCGCCUGGACAACAAGGAGAGCGAGUCCUGGGGGGCCCUGCUGAGUGGGGAGCGGCUGGACACCUGGGUCUGCUCCCUCCUGGGCUCCCUUGUGGUGGGGCUGAGUGGGGUCUUCCCGCUGCUUGUCGUUCCCCUGGAGAUGGGGGCCACGCUGCGCUCAGAAGCUGGGACCCGGCGCCUGAAGCAGCUGCUCAGCUUCGCCCUGGGAGGGCUCUUGGGCAACGUGUUCCUCCACCUGCUGCCCGAGGCCUGGGCCCACACCUGCAGCGGCAGCCCUGGUGCUGAGGGCCAGAACUUACAGCAGCAGCAGAAGCUCGGGCUGUGGGUGAUUGCCGGCUUCUUCGCCUUCCUGGCCUUGGAGAAGAUGUUCCUGGACAGCAAGGAGAAAGAGGGCAGCGGCCAGGCCCCCAGCAAAGGCCCCGUUGCUGCUGCCGCGCUCAAUGGAGGCCGCUCUCUGGCCCUGCCGGCCGCAGGGCCUGGCCUGAGCGCCGUGGUCCGGAACAUCCAAGUCAGUGGCUACCUCAACCUGCUGGCCAACACCAUCGACAACUUCACGCACGGGCUGGCCGUGGCCGCCAGCUUCCUUGUGAGCAAGAAGAUCGGGCUCCUGACCACCAUGGCUAUCCUCCUGCACGAGAUCCCCCACGAGGUGGGCGACUUUGCCAUCCUGCUCCGGGCCGGCUUUGACCGAUGGAGCGCAGCCAAGCUGCAGCUCUCGACGGCGCUGGGGGGCCUGCUGGGGGCCGGCUUCGCCAUCUGCACGCAGUCUCCCAAGGGAGUAGGUACGGGCGUGGGGGUGGCGCGGCGGGCGGCGGUGCGGGAGGAACGUGUGCGGCCCUGGCCUGGCCCGGCCCAGGGCGGCAGCCAGCGGCCUCCUCCCCCCUCCGCAGAGGAGACCGUAGCCUGGGUCCUGCCCUUCACGUCUGGCGGCUUCCUCUAUAUCGCCCUGGUCACUGUGCUCCCCGACCUCCUGGAGGAAGAUGACCCGUGGCACUCCGCGCAGCAAGUGCUCCUGCUCCUCGCGGGCAUCGUGGUCAUGGUGCUGUUCUCGCUCUUCGUGGACUAAGCACGCCCCCGCCCCGCACAAUAGACUCCGUUCUCCCCACUCGAGUUGUGUGAGGUGGAGGGCGAGCGGCUGGGCAUCAUGGGAGAGCCCUGGGCAGACGGGGCGCCAACACCAGGAGCCGCGUGCUGGGCUGGGCUGAGGGAGGCAAAGCCUGCACCCCCAGCGGCCCACAGGGAGGGAGCCCCCAAAGCGCUCUCCCUGGGGCGCCCCAGGUCCUGGGUUGAAGGGAGCCGCAGCUGGGGCCCGUCUUCCCGGCCCGCGCCCUCGCCAGCUGCGAGGCCAGAGUGAGGAGCGGCAGGAGCUGGUGGCUCCACAGCCACCCCUGCCAGCUCCAGCUGCCACACAGUAGCCUGCAGGGCAGGGGGCAGGGGGCCAGCGGCUGGUGAGAGGCCUUGCGUCCUGCUCAGGGAUGUCCCAGCCCCUCUCCCUGCCCCGCUGCAGUGGCUGAGGGGGGUGGUGAGGACUCCGCGUUGUCAGCUCUCAGGAAUGUGCUCUGGGAGAAUGCUGAAGCCAUAAUCCCCAGCUAUUUCCCUUGGCCGACGCCCAGGUACUCAGCUGGCCGACUCCGGGCCCAGCUCCUGCUGCUCGCCCGCCACGCACGCUCAGAAGAGGCUGGCCCCGGGGAGGGGGGCCCGGGGGGCUCCUGGCAGUUCUGCUGUGGUUCUGUUUGUAUCUGUAAAUACCUGUUCUAUAUAUGAUGCGAAUAAAUACUAUAUUCAGACUGGC